AAUAAAUGUCGCCGAACAGCUGGACCACGCAUGCGCAGUUCGCGCAUCUGCUUUGCUUACAUACCAAGAUGGAUGCUUACGAGUUGUUUCAGAAACUCGGAGCUGGUGCUAAAUUCGACCUGAAGAGGUUUGGCCAGGAUGCUUCGCGCUUCAAGGUUUUCAGGAAGCAUGCUGGCGACUCGUCGUCCGACCAGCUCUCUGCGAUCGAUUACUUCGGCGCAGGCCGGACGAGUGGAUCGCCGAUCACAGCUGAGGAUGGAGACGAGGAGGUGGAUAAACGGAGUAACACCGGGCCCAAAAAAAGAAAACGACCGGAUGAAAAGAGCGUGAAGAAGAAGAACGCGACAAAAAAGUUAACAGGUACUGUUAACCUACAGAACGAGUCGAAGCUGGACAAUAUCACCUGGACCUCCUCACUGGAUGGGAAGAUUCGGAGCCUUCCGGAUGAUGGAAAGGAAGAGAAGUCACUGAAAAGGCUGAAGCAACUACAUCAAGAGAAGGUGAACAGCAUACGCACUUGUCACCGCAUCCACGUGCACGGCAGCGACGCGCCGGACCCCAUGUGCACCUUCGAGGAGCUGGAGUCCGGGCACCGGCUCCACCCGCGCGUCUUUCAGAACCUGCGUGACGCCGGCCUGAGCACGCCCACGCCCAUUCAGAUGCAGGCCAUCCCGCUCAUGAUGCAGGCCCGCGAGCUCCUGGCCUGCGCUCCGACGGGAUCGGGGAAGACGCUGGCCUUCUGCCUCCCGCUCCUCGCUCACCUCAAGCGGCCCGCCAAGCUCGGCUUCAGGGCCGUCAUCAUCUCGCCCACCAGAGAGCUCGCGAGCCAGACCCACAGGGAGAUGCUGCGCCUGUCCGACGGCACCGGCUUCCGGAUCCACAUCCUGAACAAAGCUGCUGUGGCGGCCAAUAAAUUUGGUCCUCAGUCCAACAAAAAAUUUGAUAUCCUCAUCAGCACUCCCAAUCGACUGAUCUUCCUGCUCAAGCAGGACCCCCCCGCCAUCGAUCUCAGCAACGUGGAGUGGCUGGUGGUGGAUGAGUCGGACAAGCUCUUCGAGGACGGCAAAACCGGCUUCAGGGACCAGCUUGCCACCAUUUUCCUGGCGUGCUCCAGCCCGAAGGUCCGCAGGGCGUUCUUCAGCGCCACCUGCACGCGGGACGUGGAACAGUGGUGCCGCCUCAACCUCGACAAUCUGGUCUCGGUCAACAUUGGGCAAAGGAACACAGCAGUGGACUCUGUGGAGCAGGAGUUGCUCUUCGUCGGCACGGAAACGGGCAAGCUGGUGGCCGUGCGUGACAUCAUCAAGAAGGGCUUCCUGCCUCCCGUGCUGGUGUUCGUCCAGUCCAUCGAGCGAGCGCGGGAGCUUUUCCACGAGCUUGUCUACGAGGGGAUAAAUGUGGACGUCAUCCACGCCGAGCGCACACAGCAACAACGGGACAACGUCGUCGAGAGUUUCCGCUGCGGCAAGAUCUGGGUGCUGAUCUGCACGGCGCUGCUGGCGCGAGGAAUCGACUUCAAAGGAGUCAACCUGGUGCUCAACUACGAUUUCCCCACCAGCGCCGUGGAAUACAUCCACAGAAUCGGUCGUACGGGCCGAGCGGGACAUCGCGGCAAAGCCGUCACUUUCUUCACCGAGAAUGACAAACCGCUCUUGCGAAGCAUCGCUAAUGUUAUCAAGCUAGCCGGGUGUCCCGUGCCAGACUACAUGGUUGGCUUCAAGAAGUUACACAGCAAACUGAAGAGGAGGCUGGAGAAGAAACCUCCCACUAGGAGUACCAUUUCAACCACACCGCGGUUCCUCAUGAAGGCCAAGAAAGUCCAGAAAAAGCAGCAAAGCGGAGGAAGCACAAGCCGAAAACACAAGACCAAAUCGGCAUGUUUGCUCAAAAAACAAGUCAGAAAAAAGAACAAGCCGCAGAAAGAGUAGAAGAUGGACUUGAGAAACAUUUGUUUCAUUUGUACUUUGUAUGUCUAAAUAAAGAAAUACUUUGGAUUGUAA